AUGCAACAUGACAAAUACUAUAAGGAUUUUGCUUCCGGACCUUCUCAUGUUAGUAAUCCUACAGAUAACAGACCAAUUGUUGCUUCUCGUGGAAUUACAAGGAAAAAUACUGGAAACAUGCUUUCAAAUUCCAAAAUAGAACAACAAGCUCAGAAAUCAGAUGCAACCUCAACUGGAAAUCAUUUGAAAGAAUCAACUCCAUCGCUUAUGGAAAGAGCAGCAUCUUCAGAACUAUUAGAGACAGGAGUGUGUCUUGAUAAUGCAAAAUAUCCAAAAUAUGCCAUUCGAUCACAGAGGAUUGAUUCAUUUCAACAUUGGCCGAGUUACCUCCCACAGACUCCUGAAGACAUGGCUACAGCAGGUUUCUUUUUCACUGGCAUUGAGGAUCACUGCCGGUGCUUUUUCUGUGGUGGUGGCUUACGAAAUUGGGAGCCAGGUGAUCAGCCUUGGGUAGAACAUGCUCGCUGGUACCAGAACUGUGUUUUUGUUAGAGAUAAUAAAGGAGAGAAGUUUAUAGACGAGGUGCAAUCAAAUGGAUAUCAGCCAAUACUACAAGAAUCAGAGAAUUUAUGCAGUAGGCGAUCUGAUUUAACAACGACAGACAAAAACCAAGUUAUAACUGAUUUCAGUACUCAUCCUGUUGUGUUGUCUGUGAAAGAGUUUGGAUACAGUGAAAGUGUGUUAAAGAAAGCAUUUGAUUUACUUCAGGCAGAAGGAACGAAAGUUAUAACUAGUACAAUUUUACUUGAAGCCGUAUUCAAGGUGGAGGAAAAGGCAACCAGGCAUGAGUCUAGUAACACUCUAAAGACGGAACACGUAGAACAAUCAGAUCUAAGUAGUCAUUCGAAAGCCCUGAUAGAAAAACCAGAAACCACAAUAGAUCCAGAUCAUGAGUUAUCAAUCAGAAGUUUAGAGGAAGAAAACCAAAACCUGAAAGAUCAACAGACCUGUAAAAUAUGCCUAGACGAACCAAUUGCUAUUGUUUUUCUUCCAUGUGGACAUAUGGCGUCUUGCGCAAACUGCGCACCAGCUUUACGAAGAUGUCCAAUAUGUCGGGUGUUUAUAAAGGGAACUGUAAAAGCUAUAAUGUGUUAAGAUAUAAAGUAAUAAUUUGUUAAGGGAUUUCGAUCUGUAAUGAAACUGUCAAGAACUCUAAUAAAGGUUACAGUAGUAUACUGCUGUUUAAAAGUCAUAAAUCAAUUGAGAGAAAACACAUCCGGGUAACAAACUGAAUUCGAAAGAAACACUUCCACCAUAACAGGGAACAACAGGACACUGAAGUGAA